AUGUCCCUCCCCCUCCUCUUCACGCUCCCACCCUCCAACCGCCAUGAGUUUCUCUUGCUCGACACGUCCUCUAAGAUCACGUUGAAGUCGCUCAACGCGCAGAUCACCACUACAAUAUCCUCGAGCCCCAACUGCGCUGAAUUCAUGGCGAAGCACAAGGCCGCCGACGGCCCCAAAGAGACGAUUCAAGAGUUCAGAAUACACUGGGAUACCAAGACGCGGGAUGGCAAGAUCUGGCCCGAAUAUACCGUCGUGACGGAUGAGAACUUCCCGGCGAUACUGGAGUUGUUGAAGGCGAACCCCGUCAUGGGUGUGUUGGAGAUAAAGCUCGGUAGCUCAGAGUAG